AUGGAAUGUCUUUUUGGAAUCACUGGUAAUGGAUUCACAUUGCUUGCAGCUGAUACUGUCAGCGCGCGAAGCAUUGUCGUCAUGAAAGGAACCGAGGAUAAAUCUCGUGAAUUGAACCCACACACAGUCUUACUUUAUUCUGGUGAACCAGGAGACACUGUAAACUUUGCUGAAUACAUCCAGCGAAACAUCAAGUUAUAUGGCAUUAGAAACGGCAUUGAACUUAGUCCCAAGGCCACUGCAACCUUUACUCGACGUGAAUUGGCUGAUUCUCUUAGAAGCAGACAUCCAUAUUCUGUUAAUUUAGUGAUUGGUGGUUACGAUGUAAAGAAACAAAAGGCAGAGCUUUAUUGGAUUGAUUACCUUGGAGCCAUGGCAGAAUUACCAUUCUGUGCACAGGGCUAUGGUUCUUAUUUUUGUACAUCAUUAAUGGACCGCUAUUAUAAAGAAAACAUGUCUGUGGAUGAAGCAAAGACCUUGAUGAAGAUGUGUAUACAAGAACUCAAGACGAGAUUUAUUGUCAAUUUACCCAACUUCAAAGCUACACUAGUAGAUAAAGAUGGAGUUCAUUCUAUUGAAUUGUAA